CCCGGAGACUAGGGUGGCCACGAGACCGAUGUAGAAGCAAGUCCAUGGCCGUGCCAAGUGGGAGUCGGAAGAGAUAAGGCGGCCCCGAGCUCAAGCUCGCCGAGGGGAGCUAGGAGCUGCGCCGGCGCGGGGGCUUUAUCCGGCAGGUACCAUGGCAGGAACCAUAGACUGCAGCUUCAUCCGGACUCUCAUCAACCGAUACUGUGCUGGAGAAGAAAAUUGGGUUGAUAGUCGGACCAUCUAUGUCGGACACAAGGAACCCCCUCCAGGUGCUGAAGCAUACAUUCCACAAAAAUACCCAGAUAAUAGAAUAGUCUCUUCCAAGUACACAUUUUGGAACUUCAUACCCAAGAAUUUGUUUGAGCAGUUCAGAAGAAUAGCCAAUUUUUAUUUUCUUAUCAUCUUUCUGGUACAGUUGAUUAUUGAUACACCCACAAGUCCAGUCACAAGUGGACUUCCUUUAUUCUUUGUCAUUGCUGUCACAGCUAUCAAACAGGGGUAUGAAGACUGGCUUCGACAUAAAGCAGAUAAUGCAAUGAACCAGUGCCCUGUCCAUUUUAUUCAGCAUGGCAAACUUGUUCGAAAACAAAGCCGGAAUUUGAGAGUUGGAGAUAUUGUGAUGGUGAACGAUGGUGAAACCUUUCCAUGUGACUUAAUAUUUCUUUCUAGCAGUAGAGAGGAUGGAACAUGUUAUGUUACAACAGCCAGCUUGGAUGGUGAAUCAAGUCAUAAAACUUAUUAUGCAGUUCAAGAUACAAAAGGAUUUCAAACUGAAGAAGAUAUUGACAGCUUACAUGCUACCGUUGAAUGUGAACAACCUCAGCCUGACCUCUACAAAUUUGUGGGCCGCAUACAUGUUUACCAGGAGAGAAAUGACCCUAUUGUAAGAUUCAUAACUUCUGGCACUCAAAGAGAUAGGAACCAUUCCUCUACCUCCUUCUCACUUCGAGAAGAAAAGUCGUUAGGAUCAGAAAAUCUGCUUCUUAGGGGAGCCUCUCUAAAGAACACUGAAAAAAUCUUUGGUGUGGCUAUAUAUACUGGCAUGGAAACUAAGAUGGCAUUAAAUUACCAGUCAAAGUCACAGAAACGGUCUGUUGUAGAAAAAUCAAUGAAUGUAUUCCUUGUCGUGUACCUCUGCAUCCUAAUCAGUAAAGCACUGAUAAAUACUGUCCUGAAAUAUGUGUGGCAGAGUGACCCAUUUCGAGACGAGCCUUGGUUUAAUCAGAAGACAGAAGCAGAGAGACAGAGGCACCUGUUUCUCAAAGCUUUCACAGACUUCCUGGCUUUUAUGGUACUUUUUAACUACAUCAUUCCAGUGUCAAUGUAUGUCACAGUUGAAAUGCAGAAAUUUCUCGGCUCCUAUUUUAUCACCUGGGAUGAAGAUAUGUUUGAUGAAGAAACAGGUGAAGGACCUGUAGUUAACACUUCUGACCUAAAUGAAGAAUUGGGACAGGUAGAAUAUAUCUUCACAGAUAAGACGGGAACAUUGACAGAAAACAAUAUGGAAUUCAUAGAAUGUUGCAUUGAAGGCAAUGUCUAUGUGCCUCAUGUCAUUUGCAAUGGGCAAAUCCUUCCUGACUCUGGAGGCAUUGACAUGAUUGACUCUUCGCCUGGAGUGAGUGGAAAGGAGAGAGAAGAGCUGUUUUUUCGGGCUCUCUGUCUUUGCCACACAGUUCAAGUGAAGGAUGAUGUCCUUGUAGAUGGAGCCAAAAAAUCACCUGAUUCAUCAAGAUCUUGCAUAUAUAUUUCAUCAUCACCAGAUGAAGUGGCGUUAGUUGAAGGCAUUCAAAGGCUUGGUUUCACAUACCUAAGACUGAAAGACAAUUACAUGGAGCUGUUAAAUAGAGAUAAUGAUAUUGAGAGGUAUGAAUUAUUAGAGAUUCUGACUUUUGAUUCAGUGAGGAGAAGGAUGAGUGUUAUUGUCAAAUCUACUUCAGGGGACAUCUACCUAUUUUGCAAGGGAGCAGAUUCUUCAAUAUUUCCAAGAGUAACUGAAGGCAAAGUAGAUCAGAUACGAUCCAGAGUGGAGCGCAACGCAGUGGAAGGGCUGCGAACUCUAUGUGUUGCCUAUAAAAAACUCACCCAGGAAGAAUAUAAUGAGGUUUGUGAACUUCUGCACGAAGCAAAAGUGGCACUUCAAGAACGAGAAAAGAAAUUGGCGGAGGCAUAUGAGCUUGUUGAGACAGACCUUACUCUGCUUGGUGCUACAGCUGUUGAGGACCGCCUCCAGGAGAAAGCUGCGGAUACCAUUGAAGCUCUUCAGAAAGCAGGCAUAAAAGUUUGGGUUCUGACAGGAGACAAGAUGGAAACGGCAGCCGCCACCUGCUAUGCCUGCAAGCUUUUCAGGAGGAACACCCAACUGCUUGAGCUGACCACGAAGAAGAUUGAAGAGCAGAGCCUGCAUGAUGUGCUCUUUGAGCUGAGUAAGACCGUCCUGCACUACAGUGGCAGUAUGACCAGGGACAGUUUCUCAGGACUUUCAACUGACAUGCAAGAUUUUGGCUUAAUUAUUGAUGGAGCUGCAUUGUCACUAAUAAUGAAGCCCCGACAAAAUGGGAGCUCUGGAAACUACCGAGAGCUCUUCCUGGAAAUCUGCAGGAACUGUAGCGCCGUGCUCUGCUGUCGGAUGGCCCCUCUGCAGAAGGCACAGAUUGUUAAAUUGAUUAAACUUUCCAAGGAGCACCCUAUUACUCUAGCCAUCGGGGAUGGCGCAAAUGAUGUCAGCAUGAUUCUAGAAGCACACGUGGGCAUAGGUGUCAUUGGAAAAGAAGGUCGUCAAGCAGCCAGGAACAGUGACUAUGCAAUACCGAAAUUUAAGCACUUAAAGAAGAUGAUCCUUGUCCACGGACAUUUUUAUUACAUUAGGAUAUCCGAACUUGUGCAAUACUUCUUUUAUAAGAAUGUCUGCUUCAUUUUCCCUCAGUUUUUAUACCAGUUCUUCUGUGGAUUUUCACAACAGCCUUUAUAUGAUACUGCGUAUCUAACGCUGUACAAUAUCAGCUUCACUUCCCUUCCCAUCCUCAUGUACAGUCUGAUGGAGCAGCAUGUCAGCAGCGAUAUGCUCAAGAGAGACCCUUCACUGUACAGGGAUAUUGCCAAGAAUGCUCUACUUCGCUGGCGAGUAUUCAUUUAUUGGACAUUCUUGGGUGUAUUUGAUGCUCUGGUAUUUUUCUUUGGUGCUUAUUUGAUGCUUGAAAAUACGGCAAUGACCAUCAAUGGACAUGUAUUUGGAAACUGGACCUUUGGAACAAUGGUGUUCACUGUGUUGGUAUUUACAGUUACACUAAAGCUUGCCCUCGAUACACACUACUGGACUUGGAUAAAUCAUUUUGUUAUUUGGGGAUCUCUGAUUUUCUACAUUGUCUUUUCUCUACUCUGGGGAGGAAUUAUCUGGCCUUUUCUCAGUUAUCAGAGGAUGUACUUUGUGUUCAUACAGAUGCUAUCUAGUGGUCCUGCAUGGCUGGGCAUCAUUCUGUUAAUAAUUGUCAGCCUUCUUCCGGACAUUCUCAAAAAGGUUCUAUGUAGGCAGUUGUGGCCUACAGCAACAGAAAGAACUCAGAAUUCUCCAAGGCAAUGUCAGGACCACAUUUCAGAAUUCACCCCUCUCGCCUCUCUACCAAGUCCAAGCUAUCGAAGCAAUGAGCUCACCAGUUCCCCCCUGGCCACCAGGUCUCAUUCUCAUUCUAAAAAAGUGAUGCUGACAUACUGGAACAGUCAUGAUUAUUCAGUCCUCCCGCUUGGGUUUAAUUUUUCCAAUAAUUAUUGCAAGUCCAGUACAAGACAUUGCUACCAUGGGUCAGGUUUGGAAACGCCCGUAUGACAGAUCACCAAUUCAAGCCUUUAAAGAACUGCAUUUUUGAAUGUGUGUGCAUGUGUGUGAGUGUGUGCGUGUGCGUAUGUGUAUGUAUGUGUGUAUUCUGUUUCCAGAAAAGGGAACAAAUACAUAAUAAAACUUAAACUAAGAAGUACUUGGCUCUGACUGUCUGGAGUAAUGAUUAGGCAGACAGAAUUGAGAGCCUGAAGCCUAUGUCCUUCCAGGCCUGAUGAGGCCUCUUCAAAAAAAAUUUUUUUGAACUGCUAAAGCAAUGAACAUCUUACACAGUCUGGUGUAUGAGGCAGUCUAUGAGGCUGGUAGCACUUAGAAGUCCCCUUGUUCUGUGUUAAAAAGUUUUGGGUUUUUCUUUUUUCUUUGUUUCUUCUCUUUUUUUUGCACAUACGUUGCUUGCUUCUAUUGUCUUCAGUUACUUCCUAUUACUUGAAGUGGAUAGUUUCAAUGAAGGACCUACAUUUUGAUAUCAACAGUUCAGUUUUGAGCCAGAAGCUAUGACCUCAGAUAUCUCCAGUGACAGUCACUUCAUGCAUUUCCCAGCUGUUUCUGAUACUUCUUUUUGUCAUCCUUCCCUGGCUCUCCCAACCACUUUUCCUCCCAUGCUUUGUCCAUACAACAAACUGACAUUGCCUCUGUAAUCAUAUCUCUUGUCAGGAAACAUUCUUCUAAUGCUUGUAUUUUCCUAAGUGGCCAAAUUAAGCAUCUGUGUAGUCGUGUAUAUCGGUUUUCCUAGUAGAAAAAAGAGACGCCAUUUUUAUGUUCAGCCCACCAAGGGGAAGCUGGUUGUUGUGUGUAGUAGUGGCAUUUUGCAUGUCAAACUCAAAAUCACUUGUGCUGAAUGUGUUAAUUUAUCACGAUAUGUCCUAGAAAAUUUAGAGCAAAUUCAGUUCAUUUUUGUUCCCUCCCCAUCACCUCGCUGCCUCCAUGGAUAGAAGUGUUUUAUGUGUGUGACUGUGUGAGCGAAUGUACUUGGUACCAAUUAGGAAAUGUGGAUAUCUUAGCUUUUCCUCUGAGAGCUCUGAGAUAGUAUUUUGUCAGACUUUAAAGGAUAGAGCUUUUUGGUUCCCUGUUGAUGGAAAAUUUUAUUCCAGGGCCUUUAAGAAAAGGGGAGCUGAGUUUAGGACAAUUGCUAGGGGACUUUGGCACAAAUGAUUGACUAUAAGGUCAUUAUAUAGCACCCUAUGUUGUAAUGAAAAGGGAAGUCAGGAAUCUAGUUUUCUGAGACAUAACCACCAGGUGGCAAUUGUCUUUCAAAAUAGACUUAAAACUUAUUUCAGAUUGAAAGGAUAUAGUUACAAGAUAGCCUUUCAAUUUUUUAAAAGCAAUACAGCCAGCUUGUACUUCUUCCAAGGCUCUCUAGUGUUUACCAAACUUUGCGCUAAUUUUAUAACUAGGUGUGUCCUUUGUCUUGGGAUUCUGUCCAGUGUUCUGUUUGGGAAGGUAUAAAUGACUGAAGGAUUGCUUUAAAAGUCCCCAUUAUUUUUAACGUACCCAGUGUUUGUUUAUAUGAACACUCUCCAUGACAUAUUUGAAUGACCAUUUAAUUAGCAUAUUUCAAUUUGAGUGUCAAACUUAAACAGUGAAUACUUAGUCCUUUUUAGAAAAGCCUCGUCCAAGGACCACAUAUAAAUAACUUUGCCCGCUCCCAGAACGCCUAGUGUGAUGAUCAGAAAAUGGCGUGUGUGGGAAUCAAUACUGAGAGCUUGUUCUUAGACGUUUGAUGUUAGCCUUAUGGGUGUUAAAGGUUAGUCAUUUGAAAGUAUAGAGUUUCACCUAUAAAAUAUUUAUUUGAAUUAUAGAGAAUUUUUUUUUCCUAAACGGAUCACUAAUGACAAGAACCAGUGAAUUAUUUUAAAGUCGUUGGAAUGUUUUAAUGAAUUAUGAGCACUUAUCAUACCAAAGAUUAGACUGAAUAAAGUUUGGCUGUCAACACAAAGUCAUUUUACUGCCCUAGAGACUAAAAAGCAUAGCAUUUUUAGCUUGAAGAUUUAAUGUUAGUAUUUCAACAAGAACCCUUUCAGUUUCAAGAUAAACCAUUCUGUCAUGGACUCUAACAGUAUUAUAAACUUAGUCAUUGCCUCCUUGGAUGUCACACUCAGAAUCAUACCAUUCAUAAACACUGGUGUAUGUAUUUUUUAAAGAUUUUUUUAAAACCUAAUAUGGGUAUAAAUGUAAUACCUGUAGUGGUAACAAAUUUCCUGUGCAUUUAGUUAACAAAUUAUUUGUAAUGUAUUUUUUUAGAAAUCUUAAAAUUGCCUUUGCACUGAAAUAUUUUUCAUAGCUGUUUAUAUAUCUCUUUUAUGCAUUCAUUUGUUAACACACCAUUUCUAAUUUUUUGAGUAUGUUUUGAAAAGUUUUUUAAUUUUAUGGGUUUUGGCCACUUUCCAUUUAAAUUUUGCUGAUAGUUGUGACUGAAUGUUUAAAAAUCUGAUGAAUGUGAAAAUUUCAGAUUUGAUUUCUUGCUUUCUCUUUCUCCUAAACUAUUGCUGCUUCUGAUGGUAGUAAUUAAUGUAAGGCACAUCUCCAAAUGGUAGUUUGCGAAGUUUUUUUCACCUUAAUCCUAUGUAACUUCAUCCUACCUUGGUUUUUUUCUCCUCAUUUCCAUCCUUUAGCCUUAAAUAAGAAAAUUCUUGCUUGGUGACUGAAUAUGCUGGAUUCCUGCUCUGCCUACUAACCAAAAGUUUACUACAUCCCUUGGACAAUUUAACUCUUUCAUUGAAAAUCACUAAGACUUUACAGAGUCUAAAAUAUGUUUUAGAAAAUAACCUGAAGAAUUAUUAAAUGGUCACAUGCCUAGGUAUUUUAAAUAGAUUAUGGGGGUGGAAAGAGAUGCAGAUGUUUGGCCAGGGACAAUGAAAUGGAGAAAAGGAGGACCGCAUUAAGUUGCAUUUUUACAUCUGAUUCAAUAGCAGAUUCUUUACAUUACUUAGUUCUUAUCAUAUUUGCCUUAUAAUGUUGUAGAUUAUAUGAGAACCUGCUUCAGGCCCUUGGAUUUAAAAAUCCUAUUUACUGCAUUAGAUGUAUACAAUGCAGAGAUAAUGAGAAAUCUAUAGUUUCACCGAUGUGUGGAACUCCUGGAGUGGUGGGGAGUCCAGACACCAAAGCAAAUGACAACCAGUCUGUGACUCUGAAAUUAAAUCCUAAGGAGUUACUUGAGGCACGUAGCAGUUAAGUGAUUUUUCCAGGGGUGCUGAGCAAGUUUCUCGUCAGAAGCAAGAUUUGAACCCUGGUCUUUCUGGCCUAAAGCCCUGGAUUCUAUCCAAUAUGCCACAAUACCUCUGUGUGUCAGAUAUUAAUAAGUGAUAAAGUUAUGAUUUACCAUGUUUGAAUGCAAACUUUACUGCUCCCACUCUUUCCUUAGAAGUUUUUCUUUUUAAUAUACCAAUACAUGAGUGAUUUUGUCUAUAUUUUCAUCCCUCUAUUACUUCCAACUCUGUGGUAAUUCAUGAUGUCGCACACAUACAUAUACACACACAUAUACAUAACCACACUCCUUUCUUGAGCCCUCAUCAUCCUUCCCUUUUUCCUAAGGUGGUUCCAGACUUCUUUCUACUCCCCCUGAUAGAAGUCUUUGUCCACCUCUGGGAAGGUGGAAUUCCCUGUGCAUUCAGCUGAUAGGCUCUCGGCAUAGGCAUACCUUUCUCCAGCAGGCAGACGGGUUAGGCACCACAUCACCACAACAGAAUUUCUUUACUCAUAAGUGUAAAGGCUUCCCUGGACAGAGAUCUUUCUCCCUCAGGGAAACUCCACAUAAAAUACCUGAAUUUCUGCUUACUAUCCUUCAGUUAAGUGAGCUCUCUGGGGGCCAAAAAGAGGGGAUAUGGCUUCCAAAGAAGGUACUCCCUGUUGUACUUAAGUGCCCUCUGGGGGAGGCUGGGCUGCCCGCUGUUUGGUAGGGGAAUAACCCUAUUCCAGAAUUCAUCUGGAAUAAGCAAGUUCUCUCUGUGUCCAUUCCAAUUUCAAGAAAUAACACAAAAAUUCCCUAUGUAUUCAAUUCAGUAGAGUGAACAAGGCAGACCAAAUAAGAAUGAAGUGUGAGAGUUAUAUCUCACAUUGGACAUUGACAUUCAUUACAGCUAAUGUAUACAAAUGGUAUGUACAAUUUAUCUGGGAUAAAUUUGGGGGGAUGAAGCAUGUUGGAGAGGGGAGGAGAAUGACAGAUUGUGUAUCACUUCCUAGCUUGCCUUGAUUAAAUUGUUGCAGCUUUAACAAAAAUGUUUCAUACAUGCUGUUAGAACCAUUUUAAAUAGACAUCAACCAAAUGUUCUGUGAAAGCUGGAGAAAGUAUUUCAAGCUUUGUCUUUUCUUAACCACUGAAUAUUUAUGUAUUUCUGCACUGGUUAGUAAGAAAUGAUUACCAUUCUUUUUAUCUUAUAAUAUCAUUAAGAUUAUUUAUUUGACACAUAAUAUAAAGGUUUGGAUCUUAUUUUCUUGCAUUACUCAUUUUUCUGGUGUCACCCAUUUGUCUGGAUCCCAUUGGUAUGCAACUUUCAAACAGGGUGAAAAAUGUCAGUGAGCCACUGCAAUCCUUUUUUUUUUUUCUAUUUUUUUUUUUUUGAAAGCCAGGGUUUAGGGGAAUAGGGACAAGAAUCAUUCUGAUAAUGUAUCUAUAAACAAAGCUUUAAUGGAAACUUGUUGGAAGUAUUAUAAAAGUGUGAUUCUACUUUUGCAGAAAAAAAAUCUAAAGAUCAGUUUAUAUAGCUUUAUUUUUUACUUUAUCAAAAUAUACAGAAUUUUAAUAUACUGUAAUUGUCUCUGACUGAAAUUAUUAUGUGUGUAUAUGCAUUGCCAUUGAAAAUAUCCAUUCAUUAUGUAAUAUAAAGGCAAAUCUUCCAAAAAUGCCAUUGGAGGAAAAAAUAGUUACCACUGUAUUUAACAUAAAUGGUAUCUGUAGUUGUCAUCAUCAUGAAAUAUUGGAAUUUCUUUUUUAAUUGUUAAAUUCAAUAGGUGCAUUUAACAGACAAUAAAUCAGCCUUUAAACAGUAAUGUUUAAUUGAUAACAAUUCAUUAACCUCUGAAAAGUCAAACUGUGGACUCAAGUAAUUCCUACAUUUCUGUAAAGUUUAUUUUGUUUGCUGCUGUUUUUAACUUUCAUUUUGGAAGGUAUCAAAAUAUGACCUGUUAAAAUUCAGUUUUGGACUUUUCUGUAGAUUAUAUAAGCAGGAAAUCAGAUUCUGCUCGCAAUAAAGAAAAAAAUGGCUGGUUUAGUUUCUUCACAAACAAAUAAAAUCUCACAAGGGA